CUACCUGGGCGUCAAGCAGCUUACUGAACUGCUACUUGUCCAGUUUUGACGAAGCGGCGGGUGUAGUUGUUUCAGUAUCGGCUUGAUUCGCAGCUCAGACAUACAUAUGCUCAGCUAGUAAAUUUGAAACUCUUUGGUAGAGUUACAGGAGUUACUCAAGUCUGAUCAGGGCGUUGGAGUUCACGCAAACAAUCACGGAUUGCCGCGAGGCGCUUGCUUUGCUCGCCGCGCGAGAGACCAUGCCAAGGCGGCUUGCCUUUCACACGAGCUCCAUGUACACCGCAGUGACGACAGCGGCGCUGCUGCUUGCCGCCGGUGCAGCCUUCCUUCCCUUGCUUGCGGCCGCGGCUGCGCCCACGUCCGCCACUCGCUUUGAGGGUCGGCUGGUAACCUUCAGCCAUGUUGGCGACGCCGGUCACGGGGAGGCGGGGAACGCGCCCGGGCUUGCAGAGGCGCGUGAAUGGGCGCUGGUGCACCCGCAGACAAACACGCUGGUGCACAAGUUCGCACGCGGGUUUGCGCCGCCCGGCCGUGACCGAAACCAGCGCCGCAUCACUCCGGGCGCCCAGGUUUCAAUGAGCUGCGUAAGCUUUGACCCCGUCACGGGCCUGUGCACAGCCGUUGCGCCGGGCGACGCCUACCUCAUCUCCGGCCCCACGCCGCCCGCCGCCGCGGCGCGCAAGGUUGAGAACAUCCUGCUCAUGCGCCUGGACUUCACCGCGUGCGGCUACAAGAUGACAAGCCUGACGGACACGGACAUCAAAACCAUGUACCUGGGGCCCAACAUGGACGGCAACGGCGGCCACGCCCAGGCGUUUGAGGACUGCAGCUACGGCGCGCUGCGCCUGAACGCCAGCGCCUUCCGGGUGGUGACGGUGGUGGUGCCCAACUGCGUAGCCACAUGUGACUUCUACGGCAUCACCGUGCCCUCCGACACAGCGGCCAAGGCACUUCUUGGCGUGGACAUAUACACCGCCUACACCAACCUUGUCUACCUUCUGCCCGACAACUACUUCUCGCUGUGCGGCUGGAGCGGCAUGGCCACUAUCCCCGGACAACAGGUCAUGAUCCACUCCGCGCCCAACUACACCGGCAUCUACAACCGCAUGACGGUGUUGCAGGAGUCGCUCCACAACUUCCUGGCGUGGCACUCAUACCAGUUUGACAUGGUGUACCAAGACCCGUCCACCUGCAUGGCCCAGACGCCUGUAUGCCCCAGCGCCGCCGACCUGCACCGCCUGGGCUGGGGCUCGCCCGCCUCGGGCGGCGACGCCCUCAGCGCCGCGACGCUGCCUCCGGGCACUGUCAAGUCCUUCAACCUGCCCGCCUCCUACCUCACUGGCACCGGCAGCUUCAUUCGCAUCAAGACCGACUGGACCAGCUUCUACAACAGCACCACGUACGGCAAGAACAUCUACGUCUCCGUGCGCGUUCCCAAGAGGAGCGACGCGGCACUGAAGCCAGAACAGGCCAGCAAGGUUCUAGUGCACCACGUGAGGGCCGCCAUCAACAACGCCUUCCCAGCCGAUACCUCCGACCCCUACCUGAACUACCUCAUGGCCGUGUCACCCAACUCCGCCGGCAACGCCACGGACUACAACUUGGUGGUGAUUGCCGGCAACUGGGUGGGAACCGACAUCCUGUCUGUGGGCGUGUGCCGCUACCUCGCCUCACCUGCCGAGUGCCCCACCUCCAUCCCCGCCGCCGUACCACCGCGUCCGCCCAAGCCGCCCUCGCCCCCGUCGCCCUCGCCGCCGCGCCCGCGGCCGCCCAGCCCCUCGCCGCCCACGCCCUUGCCGCCGCUGCCACCUAGCCCCCCGCCCCGCCCAUCACCGCCGCCUUCUCCUUUGCCACGGCCUCCCAGCCCGCGGCCUCCGAGCCCCAGCCCUCCCAGCCCGCCUCCUCCUCCCAAGUCGAAGAAGGGACGCCGUCUGCUGCAAUAAACAGUUGUGCACCGCAUACUGCGGCGCAUUGCUAUGCAUAGGAAUUCUGGGAGUGCCUGCGAGUUGGGGGCGCCCUAAAAAGGAUUUGGCGGGUGGACACUUUGGAGCACGCGGUGAACAUACUGAAACUCCAUCAUUCGGCAUGAAACGCCACUGGGCAUGUUGUCGUUGAGGCGUGACCGGACCAUUGAUACCGUUGUGUGCAAACCACUCGGACCAUAUUUAUUAUGCUUAAGAAAGUUAUUUUGCUCCUGCCAACGCCGGCGUUGCCUUGUGCGCUGAGAGCCGUGAAGUAUCCGGGUAGGACCUGUGCGGCGUGCGUGCCGCGUGCGGUGCCACUUUGCGGGGUAUGUGUGGAUGAGAAGAGCUAGAAGUGCGACGUAUAUAUACAUGUCAUACAUACUGAAGCAGAAAUAAUAAGCUCGUAUAUACCUGAAAGGGAGAGUUGUUAACAAUUGCCACGAGGUCGUGGGCUGGUCUGCAUGGGGCACUGCGGGAUGAUGACGAGGGAGGGUGUGUGUCGACGCAGAGACGGCUUGGCCUGUGAGGUGGUUCUCUUCCUUCAAGCCUCCAGUCUGUGACACGCACACGUGGCACAACGGUUAAUGCACAGGCACUUGAGAUUCUUUAUCCCGUACUGCAUGGGCCUCUCCGGUUUUGUCUUACACAUUCCAACCGGGUGCGUGCAAGGAUGCCGUCCAUCGAUCUUGACUCCUGCUGGGCAGACUACUGGGGCCAGUUCGAACGUGCAAGGCCCUCGGAAUGCAUGCGCUCUGUCAUGGAGUGCAAGCUAUGGAUGGGUACUCGCUGUGGUACUCGCUCAAGAUUUUCCUUUGUUUCUGGGGCCAGGAAGGAUACGGGUGUUCGUUCACGUGUAGAUGGGUGCGUUAUGUAUUGGGCAUGAGUCUUGUGGGCCAGUUGAGAUUUGAGCGGGCGGCGGAUAAGGGGCGCUCGUAAUAAUGCCCUUGGUGUGUAAGGUAGUGGCCGGCCGCUUGUUUGGGUUUGCAUAGUAUCAUAGUCCUCGUUCGCGUACAGUGUUUGAAUGCAUAUGCGUGCGUGCGAAACCCCCUGACAUGCCAAUUCGGCAUCUCUAUGGCUAUACCUGUUGUCUGGCCUACGUUGUGCAAUGUUGCUGAGUGUGAAAUGGGGCGAGGUCUCUGUCGCCGAUUGCGGGAAACGCAAGCAGCUCUGCGUUGAUAGCCUGCUGGCUUGUGAUGAAGGUUGUACCGGCUGGUAGGUGCUUGUGAUUUGCGCGUCCCGGCGUGGGUGUGUCGGGCAUACCUGUCCCCGACGCAUGCGCACUGGCAUGGCGGGCUCUCAAGCGCUGGUGCGCAUGAAUGAGUUCAUGUUGAUCACGGCUGCCGA